GUAAAUGACCCAACCAGGGACUCAUUUAACACAGCCCUCGCAAAGAAUAUCAUCGUUGUGUUUGUCUGGCUGUGUCUCAGUUACAUCAAUGGCACAGUAGUCCUCACCUUCUUCAAAAACGCAAUAUUUGCCGAGGAGCCCCGCUACAUUCUGUUCAUCCACAUGGUCAUCAAUGAUGCUGUUCAGCUGACUCUUACAGUGACUUUAUACAUUGUGAGUUAUGUUUUCUUCAAAAUCAAUGUCUCCUUCUGCAGCGUUCUGAUAUUUCUUGCUCUGUUUGCCACUAUGAACACCCCUCUUAAUCUCGCAGCGAUGGCUGUUGAGCGUUACGUAGCCAUCUGCAACCCCUUGCGACACUCCCAGAUCUGCACGGUGCGCAGGACUCGCAUUCUCAUUGCUGUGAUCUGGGCUGCAGGUCUCGCUCCUUUGCUCUUCGACUGGUUGUUUUUUUUUGCAACCGAAUCUUUAAGUUUUUUUCACUCCUCUAUUUUCUGCUAUCGUGAGAAUGUGUUUAGGUCACCUUUGUUAUUUUAUAAAAGACAGGCAUUUGAUAUCUUGUACUUCUCCUUUGUUUCCCUCACUAUAAUUUACACUUAUUUGAGGAUCAUGUUUGCAGCAAGGGCAGCCACCACUGACAGAUCUUCUGCUGCAAAGGCUCGCAACACCAUCCUGCUGCACGGGGUCCAGUUGUUAAUGUGCAUGCUGACGUAUGUAACACCUCAGAUAGAAUUGGCUCUAUUGCAUAUUUUCCAAGGACGUAUUUCAGACAGUCGAUACGUUACGUAUUUGGUGGUUUACAUUUUACCAAGAUUCCUCAGUCCAAUAAUCUAUGGCCUCAGGGACAAGAAGUUUAGAAAAUACUUGAAAAGUUACUUUGUAUGUAGACCUCAAAAAGUUCAGCCAGCUUUGACAGGUAAUUCUGCACCCAUUCACACUGACUCCAUAAGUGAAAUACUGAUCACAUAA